GAUUAUUGUAUCGGUAAAAAACAUGUCCGCGAUCAAGUCAUUAAAUCCAAAAGCGGAGGUUGCAAGAGCCUCCCAGGCCUUAGCUGUGAAUAUAUCAGCAGCGAAGGGUCUUCAAGAUGUACUUAAAUCCAAUCUUGGACCAAGGGGCACUUUAAAGAUGUUAGUUUCUGGGUCUGGAGACAUCAAGCUGACUAAGGAUGGAAAUGUGUUGUUGCAUGAAAUGCAAAUCCAGCAUCCUACAGCCUCCCUGAUAGCGAGAGUGGCUACAGCCCAGGAUGAUAUUACUGGUGACGGAACUACAUCUAAUGUUCUCAUCAUAGGAGAGCUUCUUAAACAGGCUGACUUGUACAUCUCUGAGGGCCUUCAUCCACGUCUGAUCACUGAAGGUUUUGAGUUGGCACGUAAUAAGGCAUUAGAAGUUCUUGAGGCGGUGAAGGUCAAGCGUGAAAUUGAUCGUGAUACAUUGAUCCAGGUGGCCCGCACCUCACUGAGAACCAAAGUUCACCAAGAAUUGGCGGAUCUUCUCACAGAG